AUCCCACAAUAAUCUCAUCUCACCAACACACACCAGCCAUUCACACUCCCACACUCCUCCCCUCUCCAUUAGUUUGUUAGUUUUCCGAUGGCCGCCCUUCUCGAAACCCUAACCGUUCCUCGCGCCACCGGAUUCCCCGCGGCUUCUCUAACUCCGAUCGCCUCUUCUCCUCUCGCUCAACUCUCCGUUCGCCGGAACUCUCUGCCGGAAUCCAGAACCUCAAAGUUGAAGAUCAAUUCCUUCAGUUCUUCUGGAUCUGUCAGAUUGAGGUCGAAGUUCGGCCGUCGUGGCGGACGAAUCGUCUGCGAAGCACAGGAAGCACCAGUACAAGUACUUCCUGUGACUGAUGGUUCAUGGCAAUCACUUGUUCUGGACUCUGAGCUUCCCGUACUGGUUGAAUUUUGGGCUCCGUGGUGCGGGCCAUGUCGCAUGAUCCACCCGAUCAUUGAUGAGCUGGCGAAAGAAUACAACGGCAAGCUCGCUUGUUACAAGGUGAACACUGAUGAGAGUCCUUCAAUCGCUACCAAUUAUGGUAUAAGAAGCAUUCCAACUGUCAUUAUCUUCAAAGAUGGAGAGAAGAAAGAGGCAGUUAUUGGCGCUGUUCCAAAAUCUACUCUGUCUACCUGCAUUGAAAAGUUUUUGUAAGAGGUACUGUCAUCUGUACAUACUAGUUUUCACCAAUUUACUUCUCUUGUUUGUCUAGUCUAUUUUGUCACAAACCAUGAUCUUGUUCAUUAUAUAUUAUUCUCUCUUUUGUUUUCUUUAAAA